UUGUAAUAUUUAAAGAUCAUUUCAGUUUGGGUAAUAACUCGCAUUUUAUAACAUCGAUCAAAGCGGGCGGAUAAUUACAAAUAAAUAAAUAAUUGGGAAUGUUUACAAAAGCGUGUAUUCGUGGCAUGGCAUUAAUUGCUGGAACUAAAAUUUUACAUCACGACAAAGAUGAAUACAAUCAGCUGGGCCUGGAUUGUAUACGACAAGUUUAUGAUCUUUUGAUUUCGGGCGAAUGGCGAUUGGAUAAGCAAUCAUCAAAUGGUGAUACUGUCAGCAGUUUACAACAUCAGAGAUUGGGAAAAGUUUAUAAAUUAAGAUGUCGUGUAAAAUAUCCGGCCAAGGCAUUGGGAAAUUCGUUGCUCUAUGACGUUCAGGAUGUGCCGAAAUGGAAUCCCACCGUAUUGGAAUCUUUUAAGAUCAAGACUCUGAGCGAUUGCAGUGAUAUCACCUACCAUGUAUCGGCUGCCCAUGCUGGUGGUUUAAUCAAGUCUCGGGAUUUUGUUAAUUUCCGAUAUUAUCGUCUAAUGGUUGAUGGAAAACUAAGUAAUGAAAACUUCCAAUUGAAUCCAAAUGAAAAGGGAAUUGUUAGAAUAUGUUCUGCAAACCAAAUUUUUCAUAGAAAAUCGGAAAAGGAUAAUUCAAAAAUAUUACACUACAAUACCUUGCAAAAUUUUGCUAUUUCUCAUGAUAAUCGCUUGGAAGUGAAAAAUAAAACAGAUGGUGUUGUUCACUUGCCUAUUCCAAUGAUGUUAUACGAAGACAAAGAAAAUAACAUUCCAUUCAUUCAAAAUAAUUUCAGUGUAUCAGUGGGAGACACAUUUCGUGUUGGGCGCCGUGUAUGGAUUGGAGCGGGCUGUAGCAUAGAACUCAAAGAGUUUCCUGUCAAUACCAAAUAUAUUAGAGGACAUAAUUUCCUGUCAGCCUUCGUUAUGCAUGAAAUUGAAGGCAAUCCAGAUGAGUGUAUAUUUGAGUGGAUUAUAUGCGUUGAUCUUAAAGGGAGUUUACCAGGUUAUAUUGUGGAUAAGGGAUUCAUGGCCACAAUGAAUGACUUUGCAAAAUAUCUGCGAAAAUAUAUCAAUGAUUUACACCGAAAAAAUCAAGAAUCUCUACCAGAAAAAGUGGACUAACAGAAGGAAAAUGCAUUUUUUAGAAUUAAAUUAAGUUUUAAAUUAGGAAGUAAAAAUAUGUUAAGAUAAUUAACGCUGAUUGCUUUUUUCGUUUAGUAGAACCUUUUGGUAAAGCAAUAACAAUUGUUUGUAAAUAGAUAAAAAAUAGAAUAAAAAUCAUAAAAACUGUGUUCCAGUACGCGAAAAACAA